GGUGGAGCUUUAUGCACCGCCAGGACAAGCAGUGCGAUGCGCAAUGUUGAUAUGAACCCGGGGGGCCGUCCCAUGCCUCGACAUCGGUCCGAGACAAAUUUCCGUUAACAUCUCAUGGCUGUUGAUGGCUUGCCAAAUGUCCUAUUGCAAACAGCAAUGACCUCAGGCAAGGGCAAGCAAUCUUUUGCCUCCCUUCAAGCCACCCGCGCCCACCCACUCACUCCUGCUGCCAUGACCAUCUCCAUCUCCACCAAACUCCACCUUCCGUCUCUCUCGUCGCCGGCACAUCCCUGCGUCUCGAGCGCGCCGACGAGACCAUGCGAUGCGCCGCGAAGGUAGCUUAACCUGGAACUCCAAUUCCUGCCUCAACAUCUUUUCUUCCCUUCUUGGGACACAAACGAGUUCCUCGGUUUUCAGGUGCUACUCCGCAAAUGACUUCAGGGAACCCGACCAACUGGGACCAGUAUGAGCGCGGGGGCGUCUCCCGAACCGGGAGCGUCUCAUCGUUCGGCAACCGGAGCGCCCAAUCCGAGAAUCAGUCUCUGCUGGGCCGCAGCGUCGACUCGAACCUCGACGACGCCGAGUUGCCACGGCUCAGGCGGAGCAGAUCCUCCGUCACCAACCGCCUCUCCGCCUGGACCGACAUCGGCGGCGUGAACAGCAUCCGCUCCUUCACCCGCAGCUGGCGGCGCGCCGCCGGCUUCCCCGAGGUCAUCCCGCAACGGCCCUCCUUCGUCUUCGCCCCGGACCAGGCCCCGAUCGCCGCGGCAUCAUCAGCACCCACAGAAUUGGGCGGCGCAGCCUUCUACUCGCCGCGCGAUCUGGAGCAGGGCUCCCCCUCGCUGCGGCGCCACCUCCUCGAUGCGGCCCUCUUCCCCGCCGGCGAGCAGUCCCCGCGCACGGCGAGCCCCGAGCCGGCCGCCAGCCGCGACGACUCGCUCUACCGCCAGUGGAGCCGCGACUCGAGGGAGCAGACGACGCCGGGCGCCGGGUCUAUCUUCGCCGUCCCGCCGCACCUGGCCACGCCGUCCAUCGUGGGCAGCUACGGGUCGUCCGCCCUCGAUUACGGAACCGUCCGGUCCGAUGUGCGCCGCGCGUCCAUGGCCCAGGCGGCCGCGCUGUGGGAGCAGCAGCGACAGCAGCAGGAGGAGGAGGCCGGCGGCGGCGGCGGCGGUGGUGGUGCGGGGCUGGAUGCCGAGCUCGCGCCGAUCUUGGUGAAGGAGGUCGAGCAGGACGGCAGGUUCGUUUUGACGGUUGACGGCCAGUCCACGCUGCCACAGACCGUGUUCAACUCGACCAACGUCCUGAUUGGAGUCGGACUCCUGAGCCUUCCGAUGGGCAUCAAGUACGCCGGCUGGAUCUGCGGCAUGAUCGCGUUGUUCCUGUGCGCGGGCGUGACGGGCUGGACAGCCAGGCUCCUGGCGAAGUGCAUGGACGUGGACCCGAGCCUGAUCACCUUCUCGGACCUCGCCUAUAUCUCGUUCGGCCGCAACGCCCGCAUCGCCACGAGCGUCCUGUUCACGCUCGAGCUGCUCGCCGCGAGCGUGGCGCUCAUCGUGCUUUUCGCCGACUCGCUCGAUCUGCUGUUUCCCAGCGUGCUCUCCGUCACCGGCUGGAAGAUCGUCUGCGCCGUCAUCCUGAUGCCGCUGAACUUCCUUCCGCUGCGGCUGCUGAGCUUCACGAGCAUCAUCGGGAUCUUCUCGUGCUUGCUUAGUAAGUUCUUAAAGAAAGAUCAACCGUAGAUGUGGAAGUGGAGGG